AUGACUACAACCAUGAUGACCUCACUCUCUCGCUCUGAAACACUUACACUUUCGACCGUCUCCGCAGCUGCUUUCGCGGUCCUCGCGAAUACCCUCCAUGGUGAUGGCGAGCCCCUCAUGGCAUCUCUGGCCCUAUCGGUUCUCGCCUUUGCGCUCUGCUUCGCCAUGAUCCGCUGGCUAGGCCCUACAUUCAUGCGUGCUGGCUUCCAAGGCCGUGACAUGAGCAAGGUGAACCGCGCCGAGAUCCCCGAGUGCAUGGGUGCCGUGUGCGCUGCGGUCUACCUCCUCAGUGUCAUCGUCUUCAUCCCAUUCCCGUUCUACAAGGACAUUGUUGCGGCGACUAGUGGCGGUGGGAACCGCGAUGUCGUCGUUGAGCUUCAGCACGUCAACCAGGGCCGUUUUCUACAUCGCUUUCCACACAACAAGCUCGCGUCAUUCCUGGGUGCCAUCAUCUCUCUCCAGACAAUUGCACUUCUCGGUAUUGGUGAUGAUCUCUUCGAUAUUCGCUGGCGACACAAAUGGUGGAUUCCCGGCCUGGCUUCGAUCCCUCUUCUUGUCGUUUACUUUGUCGACUUUGACGUCACUUCUAUUGUCCUACCUCUCCAGCUUCAGCCGUACCUCGGCGAGCUCGUUGAUCUCGGGUUUCUCUACUACGUUUACAUGGCGUGCGUUGCCAUGUUCUGCCCUCAGAGCAUCAACAUGCUGGCAGGCAUAAACGGCAUUGAAGUCUCGCAAUGCAUCGUCAUCGCUUUCCUCCUCGUCUUCAACGAUUGCCUGUACCUCUUUACGCCAUACCCUCACCCUGCUACCGACUCGCACUUGUUCUCACUCUACUUUCUCCUCCCGUGGAUAGGCGUCUCGUUUGCCUUACUCCUCCACAACUGGUAUCCUGCCAAGGUGUUUGUCGGCGAUACCUACUGCUAUUUCUCGGGUAUGGUUUUUGCUGUUGUCGGUAUCCUCGGCCACUUUUCAAAGACUCUCGGACUCCUCCUUGUUCCUCAAAUAUUUAACUUCCUCUACUCAUGCCCCCAGGUCUUCGGUCUGAUUCCCUGCCCACGCCACCGACUUCCUCACUUCAACGCCCGGUCUGGCCUCAUGGAGCCGUCUGUGACCCCCUGGUCACCCGAGCGUCAACCCCAUCCCUUGGUCGCCCAUGGCCUACACUUUCUCAACAAGGUACGCCUGGUGAAGGUAACAAUCGAUGAAAAGGGUCAAUUUGUCGAGACAAGCAACUUUACCAUCCUCAACCUCUGGCUUGUCUGGCGGGGACCACUCCGUGAAGAUCGAUUGGCCUUGGAGAUUACUAUGCUCCAGCUUGUUGCUGGGUUCUUUGGACUGUUUGUGAGGCAUCGUCUCGCAUUGUUGGUCUUUAAGGAAGAUAACUGGGGGACUGCUGCGCAAUAUUAA